CGGCGACCCGCAGCAUCCCCCGGCUUGGGCCGUGGCCGCCCCGGAGCCAGGCGGUGGGAAGGGGCUGUCCCCUUCCCUGCCCGCCGCAGCCAUGGAGGGGGGAGUGCAGCUCCUGAACCGCGACGGCCACAGCAUCUCACACAACUCCAAACGCCACUACCACGACGCCUUCGUGUGCAUGAACCGCAUGCGGCAGCGGGGGCUGCUCUGCGACAUCGUCCUGCACGUGGCCACCAAGGAGAUCAAGGCCCACAAGGUGGUGCUGGCGUCGUGCAGCCCCUACUUCCACGCCAUGUUCACAAAUGAGAUGAGUGAGAGCCGCCAGACCCAUGUGACACUGCAUGACAUCGACCCCCAGGCUCUGGAGCAGCUGGUGCAAUACGCCUACACGGCUGAGAUCGUGGUGGGAGAGGGGAAUGUGCAGACCCUCCUUCCUGCUGCCAGCCUGCUUCAGCUCAAUGGUGUGCGGGACGCUUGCUGCAAGUUCCUGCUCAGCCAGCUCGACCCCUCCAACUGCCUGGGCAUCCGAGGCUUUGCUGACACGCACUCCUGCAGCGACCUCCUCAAGUCUGCCCACAAGUACGUCCUGCAGCACUUCGUGGAGGUGUCCAAGACAGAGGAGUUCAUGUUGCUGCCCCUUAAACAGGUGCUGGACCUCAUUUCCAGCGACAGCCUCAACGUGCCCUCGGAGGAGGAGGUGUACAGGGCUGUGCUCAGCUGGGUCAAACACGACGUGGACAGCAGGAGACAGNNNNCCCCCCAGCUCAUGAAGUGCGUGCGGCUGCCGCUGCUGAGCCGCGAUUUCCUCAUGAGCAACGUGGACACGGAGCUGCUGGUGCGGCACCACUCGGAGUGCAAGGACCUGCUCAUCGAGGCCCUCAAGUACCACCUGAUGCCCGAGCAGAGAGGGGUCCUGAGCAACAGCCGGACGCGGCCGCGGCGCUGCGAGGGGGCCAGCACCGUGCUCUUCGCUGUGGGUGGAGGGAGCCUGUUCGCCAUCCACGGCGACUGCGAGGCCUACGACACGCGCACGGACCGCUGGCACAUGGUGGCCUCCAUGUCCACGCGCAGGGCCCGCGUGGGCGUCGCGGCCAUCGGGAACAAGCUCUACGCCGUGGGAGGCUACGAUGGCACCUCUGACCUGGCCACAGUGGAGUCCUACGACCCUGUCACCAAUUCCUGGCAGCCCGAGGUGUCCAUGGGCACCAGGAGGAGCUGCCUGGGUGUGGCAGCCCUUCACGGGCUCCUCUACGCUGCUGGGGGGUACGAUGGGGCCUCGUGCCUCAACAGCGCAGAGAGGUACGACCCCCUGACAGGCACCUGGACCUCCAUCGCUGCCAUGAGCACCCGGAGACGCUACGUCCGCGUGGCCACGCUAGAAGGCAACCUCUAUGCAGUCGGGGGCUACGACAGCUCGUCGCACUUAGCCACGGUGGAGAAGUACGAGCCCCAGAUCAACACCUGGACCCCCAUUGCCAACAUGCUGAGCCGCCGGAGCAGCGCGGGCGUGGCCGUGCUCGAGGGGAUGCUCUACGUGGCUGGUGGCAAUGACGGCACCAGCUGCCUUAACUCCGUGGAGCGCUACAACCCCAAAUCCAACACCUGGGAGAGCGUGGCCCCCAUGAACAUCCGCAGGAGCACCCACGACCUGGUGGCCAUGGACGGCUGGCUUUACGCCGUGGGUGGCAACGACGGCAGCUCCAGCCUGAACUCCAUCGAGAAGUACAACCCUCGCACCAACAAGUGGGUGGCGGCGUCCUGCAUGUUCACCCGCCGGAGCAGCGUGGGGGUGGCCGUGCUGGAGCUCCUCAACUUCCCCCCGCCCUCCUCGCCCACCCUCUCCGUGUCCUCCACGAGCCUUUGACACCGAGCCCGGCCGUGCCUCAGCCCCGGGGGACAGAGGUGGCACCUUCCCGGCCCCGCAGGACAGAGGUGGCACAUUCCUGGCCCCAGAGGACAGAGGUGGCACCUGCUCAGCCCCGGGGGACAGAGGUGGCACCCAGCCAGCCCCAGAGGACAGAGGUGGCACUUUCCUGGCCCUGCAGGACAGAAGUGGCACCUUCCUGGCCCCAGAGGACAGAGGUGGCACCUGCUCGGCCCGGGGGGACAGAGGUGGCACCCACCCAGCCCCAGAGGACAGAGGUGGCACCUUCCCGGCCCCGGGAAACAGAGGUGGCACCCACCCAGCCCCAGAGGACAGAGGUGGCACCUUCCCGGCCCCGCAGGACAGAGGUGGCACCUUCCCGGCCCCGCAGGACAGAGGUGGCACCUUCCCGGCCCCGCAGGACAGCCGCUUGCUCUGAGCAGGGAGCACAAAUCCCAGCCCAGCCCUUCUGGGGGCUCUCCCCUCUCUGGGGACACCCGUGGGGGCCACCAGGGCCACCAAAUGUGCUUCCUCCCUGGAGGGUGAGAAGAGGGGGCUCUCCCCCUGCCAGACUCAUCCAGCAUCCCCCCAAAAGCUCCUCUGGGCAGGGGGAGCCCGAAGCGUCGCUGCUCUCCGGGAUUGCCGCGCUCCAGCCCCGCGGUGGCCCCGGGGGACACGGCCAUUCCUGAAUGUCACUGUAGCCAAACCAAGCCUGCACUGUUCCGGACUCCGGGGCCGCUGCCCGGCUCCCAGGGUGUCUCUGAUGCCUUAAACACAGCAGGAGAAGCAGCCCCGGGCACAGCCCCGCGGGAUGGGGAGGCUCAGAGGCGGAGCUGGACGCAGCAUCCUGAGCCCUCCGGUGGUGCCCUGGGGCACCGAGAGCCCGGCUCAGCCUCGGCGAGCGCCCGGCGGGGCCGGUGGCCACGGGGACCUCGGUGCCAUCGCUGGCCCGGGCAGCAGGGCUGUGCCUCUGCCCCUGGCCCGGCCUGUCUGCUGCUCCCCUCUCUGCAAAGCAGAUCCUGCGUUUGUGGAAAGGAAUCAGUUCUCGGAGAAAGAACAGCCCAGCCUUCUGAACGAGGAGGAUUGCCUGGCAUUACUUUUUUGGGUAUUAAUUUUUUUAUUUGCCCUUUUUUUUUUAUUUGAACGCUGAUAUGACUUCAUAACCCUUUAUUUUUUACUCUGCCCUGGUAUUCGCCAUCCCCUCUGCUCUCGAGGCAGCAGAAGGGAUGCAGUUCCUUUUCUCAUUUGUUGAGGAGAUGAUUGCUGUGCCCUGGGCUCUCUCUGGAUGGGUGGGGCGUGUGCGUGUGUGAGAUGCCGAAAGCAGCACGGGAGGGACCGUUUCCAAUUAGCGGCUCCCUGGCAAUGAAGCAACCACUUUAAUGAACUAAAGGUUGGAUAAAUUAGCACUGUAAGGCCUGUCCUAGAGCCAGGGCCCCCGUGGUGUGGUGCUUUCAGGGUGUGCUGUGUGUUUGAGCCCUGAGCUGAGGCACAGAUCAGGUGCUCUCCACACCACAGAGGAACGACUCAACCACUGGUACCUCAAUUGUGUUCAAAUGUAGCAUUGCAAAUAUGCUCCAGCUGUUUGGAACUCAUUCCUUUCUCCUUUUCCCCCCACUGCUCGCCAGUUCUCACUCACAGAGCUCACAUUUCACUCCUGUGGUACCUGUGGGCCUGAAUUUUUAAGUAGCAAGAGAUUUCUCCUUUUUUUGGGGGGUAGAAAGAAGAGUUUGAAAUGAGACAGGGACUCCCCAACUUGAGAUCCUUUUCUUGGCAGUCUGAUUUCCCCUUUGGACAGGUGCCUGCAGGUUUUCCAAGCCCACUGGCAUCCUUCAGCCCACUCACAGUGCCUCAUGUUGUACACCUGGAAUUCCCAGCAGCUUCUGGAAACCAGGGCUGCUUCUCCCUCCAGCCUCUCCCCAAGGACAGUCUGAGCUUCCUGGCUUUUGGAACAGGCUCUAAAUCUUCUUUUUGUCCCCUUCCCGCUGCCCCAGCGUGUCACAGCUCAGCAGCUCCCGUCUCCCUGUGCUGCAGGGGAGUGUCCAGGCUCUGCAGCUGUCUCCUGGUCCAUGUGGACUGCCCCAGGAAGGUCAGAGGAAUCUGCUUUGUUCAAAAAAUGAUGAAAUCGGUGAAUUCCCUCUGUUUUGUGCGUGUGCCUCCACCCGAGCGAGCUCUCAACCCUUUCCAUCCCAUUCCUGUGAGCAACAUCAGGAUUUCUCUUUCCUGCUGGGCUCACAGGGAGGUGUCCCUGGCUCCAGGGUCCCCUUGGGAGGAGGAUCAGCCAUGGACCGGUGGAAGGGGCUGGAGCUGGGCUUGGCCCGAGGAGCUCAGAAGGAGAGAGGAGCGCAGGGAGAGUGGAGCCCAGGCAGGAGGGGCAGUGCAGGAGCUGCUGAGGGGGAAACAGGGCUGGUUUCAAACAAGGAAUGAGGGAGCUGUGCCUUGGGGCAAAACCUGAGGGAGGAGAGAAAUGCAGCAGCUGAGGGGAGUUGUGGUGCCACGUGCCCUUGGUGGAAUGUUCACACUGCAAAUGGUGUGUGAGGCUGUCCUGAGCACCAGGGACGGGGGCACAGCAACUCCUGUCCCCCCUGGCUGGGUCCUGAGCAAUAUCCCCUGAGCCUGAGGCAGGGAAAGCCGGGAGGAGGGAGCCUCUUGUCUCUGCUGCCCAAACUAUGCAGGUGCUCACUGCUUCCCUGUGCCAGAGGGAGGAGGAAGGGAAAGGGCAAAACAAUUCCCCAGCAUCUUCUGGGGGUCCCGAGCCCCCCGACCCACACUGUGUGGACACGAGGUGUCAGCAUCUGCCCUGGGAGAUGCCAGGGUGGGAUUGCUCCUGGUGCUGCACGUCCCCUGCCGAGGAGGAGGAGGAGGAGAGCUCGGAGGGGACGUGUGUCUGUGUCUGUCUGUCUGUGCGUAGCAACCCUGUCUGAGGGGAGGAGAACAACUCUGUGUGGCUUCCCUGCCAGUUUUAGUUCGUGUUCCUUGUCUGAAUUCCCAGCAGAGGAGCGUCCCCGAGCCGGGGGGCUCCGGCCCUGGGGGUUUUUCCAGCAGGGCCAGGCAGGAGCCCCUGCCCUGAUUUGGGGGCUGCCUUGGCCUCCCUGCUGGGCACACCUGGUCCAGAUCCAUGUCCAAGCGUUGUCACUUUGAUUUCUCUGUAACUUUAUUUAUGUGGAACUCUGUUUCUCGGAAUUUUUUGCACUACACGGGACUGGGGAGGGGACACAAGCAAUAGAAGCCAACGUGUACAAUAAAGACAUUUUCUUGGAUACCGGA